UUCCCUUACCGCACUUGACUUAAAUUCGCUCUAGUACGCGUCAUCCUUACGCACUCGCCUCCACGCAUUGUAGGCUACACUUGACAGCGUCGGACCACACAGUAUGAGAUAGAAAGAUAGAGCAGCAGCACCACCCCUCCCGUGUGUUUUGGGACUUUUUUUUUCCUCUGAGCGGAAGGUUGGAUGCUGUCAGGAUGAGCUGAGGGUGAUGCUCCGGUACAGAACAGCGCGCUGUAUUUUGGCACACAGGGGGAUGCACCAGUUUAACCCUCGCCUCUGCCCUCCGGACUCGCCCAUCCAGUGCUUUGCCUAAAAGAUAAGUUGUAGAAAGGGAUGCGAGCUCAUUCCGCGCUAUACUCCCACGGAUCUCCCUCUCUCCGCGGGUUCUCUUCAACUUGGCCGGCCCAUUUGCACUCAUGCUCGCAGCGCAGGAGCACGUAAGGUACGGGCCAUCUACCGCCCUCACUUUGCACAUCGGAGGAGUGCGUUUAGCGGCGUGAUUCCGGUCGCUAUCGUCUCUCAGAGUGCCAGCAAGACUCCCAAGUCCCAACUACUUUUCGAGAUGUGAGAUUCGCUGGCGUACCCCCACUCUCUCUCUUUCUCUCUUACCUGUCCUAUGCUAGCCACAACGGGAUUGCAAGAGGAAAAUGGUUGUGGCAUAAAGUAUUUGUGGAGACGCCUGUCACAGAGAAGACCGCUGCUGGAGUGGACAGGGUGGAUGGUGAUUUCCGAUACACUUCAAGCCUAUGUCUACUGCAUUCAUUUGCUGGAAACGCUGCCUAGUAGUGUCUUCAAGAACAGCGCAAGAGGAAUGCUGGUCCAAGAUCUAAUGCCAUUUACUUUAAGUUUUUGGCCUUUUUUCUUCGGUCAUUGCCUCCUCUCACUGCUUUUACUCUCAUGCCAGGGAGAACUCCAGAGGUCAUGCUCACAGACUGUGGCGGAGAAAGUUAGUGACCAGUGCCAGCUGGCAUGCCAGUGUAGAAGAUACCCUCCUCUCCCUCCACCUCCACCUCCUCCACCCCCGCCGCGGCUCCUGGCCCCCCCAGUGGUGGAGCCCAUGGUGCCCUUAGUCCGGCCCUGGUGGUCAGAGAUGGACUUUAUAGUGCUGGGAACGGUGGGGUGUGCCUCACUGCUCUUCCUCCUGUCAGCUGUCAUCAUCUGCUACAAGGCCAUCAAGAGAAAACCACUUCGGAAAGAAGAAAAUGGCACAAGUCGAGGGGAGUACGCCAUGAGCAUCCGCAACAAGAAGGCCAUGAGCCCCAACAACACUGUGGUAUAGACUGACCCACCAUCCCCACUCCCCCUCACACAGGCCUGCCUCAGCCCUGCCUCAGCCCCCUCACCAGGGCUCCACCCUAUCCUCUCUGCUUGGCAUGUUGCCCAGAAACGACAGCAUUCAGCAUUAAGGGAAGCUGCGGCAGACGGCAGGAGAAAUCAAGUGAAUGAAAGAAAGAUGGUGGAGUAUGUGGAGAGGCCCAGCAGGCUGCACAUUAUGCUCUCAGUAACAGCGCGUGGAGCUGACAGCCUGGUUGGCUGCUGACUGGAGAGGACUGUCUGCCAGUCUGCUGCAGAUCCAGGCCUGUUGACAUGUGCAGCCCAGCAAUAGACCACAGUGCAGUCCCCUGGGCCUCAGGACAGCCAUCAACAAAACAUGCAUGCACUUUUACACACAAUGCAACUUUUUCUACACCCUCCACCUUCUGUUCUCCAUCUAACAGCUCUGCUCCCUCACACGGACUCAUCGGACUAUGCAAUCUAAAGUCGAAUCAAGAGGAGCGAGCGUGCUUAUGUGCAUGGCCUGGGACUCCAUGAGGACUCUGUGUAAUAUACUCCAGUCAUGCUUUUAUUUACGUAUCCACCUUUAUUUUUGUACUGUCUUGUACAUUAUCCACACUUGAAAAGAACUUGGUGAGGUUAUUUUAUCACUGGAUAUCUGUUUUUUAAGUGAGUCAUUUCUACAGUAUAGUCCAUGUGUGAUAUACGCUUUAAGGCUGCUGAUGCAGUCUCCUGUCCCUGUGUGUGUGUGAAUGGACAUCUCCAGCUGUGUGCUCCAUCACGUUGUUUGUUGUCUUGAGGUCAGCUAGAUGCCUUCAGCCAUCUUUUGUUUGGAUGUGACAAUCUUUCUUUUCUGUGUCACAAGGGCUUAGCCCAUCGCUAUAGAAACAGGGGACAUGAGCCAGGGCUUGACCUUGUGAGUUUGAUCCAAUAGUCCGAGCUCAGGUUACUGUGAGCAAGGCCCCAGCGGGCUAUCACUGGCCUGUCCCACAGAGCCAAGAGUCUGCUGUGUGUGAGCGGCCCCUCUCUCUAUCUGUCUUGCUUCCUCUUUCUGUCUGUCUCGACCCCCCACCCCCCCCUUUGCCUCUCUGUCUGUCUCUCUCUCUCUACCUAUCGCUGUCUCUCUCUCUAUCUCUGUUUGUCUGCCUGUCUGUCUCUCUCCCUCUCCUCUCGUCUCUCUCCUGUCUCUGCUGUGUGCAAAAGCAUAGCAUUUAUCUACAUAAAUGAACAUUUGGAAAGUCAUGCUUGCAUUUAAACAUGCACAGGUCUUAGCCAACAGUGCACCCGCCCUGUACCUACGAGAGAGAUAAUGGAUGCAUGAAUGUAAAUACUGCUAUUUAAAUAUCUGCCUUCUGGACUGUUAUUCAUGUACAGUGUAACAACAUACAGUAUGUUUCUACAUAGUAAAGCUGAAACAAUGUGCAACCAUUUAGAAUUAAGUCAAUGUUGUCAUGUUGUUGGAGCAAGCCAUUAAUGUAUAUAUGGCAAUCAAUAGUACACACUCAAUUUAUGCAUCAUACCAAACAGCUGUGGAAAGCAACGUGCAUAAGUUGAUUUUGUGGCUGAGUUUUCAGUUGUAAAUAAAGCUGUACAU